UACAGACGCUUUCAAUGGUGCAGCCAAUUUGUUGAUAAUGGAUUCGAUUUUCAGAAUUCGCACGGCACAGAUAACCUGCGUGUGAUUUAUUUAUUUUCAUUUCACUCGCUUAUGAGUUGAUCUGGAUCUACGUAAAAUUUCAAGCAAGAAAAAACUAUUGGGAGCGUGCAGAUGGAUUGCGAUAAAAGACUGCUUCGCUUCGGGAGGGAUUUGACUACUGUGCAUUGACACCAAACGCAAUGGUUACGGGAACUUGUCACUCCACAACUGUAAGGGUCCCAUUGCUAGCCGCACUAUCAUGACUGAUGGCGAGGGAAGAGCGCACUUUCACUACUUGGAGAACGAGGAGGUGAGGGUACCUAUACCGGUAUCGGAUCAAGGCCCGGGUCAGGGCGAAGACCUCAGGGAUGACGAAGAAGGGGGAACAACUAGAAUUCCUAUUCCCGACCGGACUGUAUUUCGGGAAUCCGGCGGACGCGAUCCAACCCCGGAUCUGGUCUCGGAUGACGAGGAGCAGGUUCCCUAUCCUGCCCUCGCUCCCGUGGUCUUCUUCUGCGUUAAACAGACCACGCGUCCUCGCAGCUGGUGUCUGAUGGUGGUUUGUAACCCGUGGUUCGAGUACAUGAGCAUGCUGGUCAUCCUCCUGAACUGUGUGACCCUGGGAAUGUUCCAGCCCUGUGAGGACAUCAACUGCAAGUCCAAAUGGUCCACCGUCCUGCAGGUUUUUGAUGACUUCAUUUUUGCGUUCUUUGCUGUGGAGAUGGUCCUCAAAAUGUUGGCGCUAGGGAUUUUCGGGUCUAAAUGUUACCUGGGCGACCCAUGGAACCGGCUGGACUUCUUCAUCGUCAUGGCCGGGAUGUUGGAGUACUCGCUGGGAGGCCACAACGCCACAUCAGCCAUCCGCACCGUUCGUGUGCUCCGCCCCCUCCGCGCCAUCAACAGAGUCCCCAGUAUGAGAAUCCUGGUGACACUGCUCUUGGACACGCUGCCGAUGCUGGGGAACGUCCUGCUCCUCUGCUUCUUCGUCUUCUUCAUCUUCGGCAUUGUGGGGGUGCAGCUCUGGGCCGGGCUUCUGAGGAACCGCUGCUUCUUACAGGAAGAUCUGAAGAUGGAGUACAACCUGUCGCACCUGAGCCCGUACUACAGGCAGGAAGAAGGCGAGGAGAGCCCCUUCAUCUGCUCCACCGCCAGCCACAACGGCAUGCUGCGCUGCCAUAGCCUCCCCCCCCUCAAGCAGGACAAGGUGGAGUGCCGACUCAACGUCUCCCACCAAAACCUGGCCCUGUACGGGCUGGACGGGGCCGGCCGGAACAGCUGCAUCAACUGGAACCAGUAUUACAGCCAGUGCAAGCCGGGGGAUCACAACCCCGACAAGGAGGCCGUCAACUUCGACAACAUCGGAUACGCGUUGAUUGCCAUUUUCCAGGUCAUAACCUUGGAAGGAUGGGUGGACAUCAUGUAUUAUGUAAUGGAUGCGCAUUCCUUUUACAACUUUAUAUAUUUUAUAUUGCUCAUCAUAGUGGGCUCCUUCUUCAUGAUCAACCUGUGCCUGGUCGUGAUCGCCACCCAGUUCUCGGAGACCAAGCAGCGGGAGAACCGGCUGAUGCAGCAGCAGCGGGCGCGCUUCCGCUCCAACGACAGCACGCUGGCCAGCUUCUCGGAGCCGGGCAGCUGCUACGAGGAGAUGCUGCGCUACAUCGGCCACCUAUACCGCAAGGUGAAGCGGCGUCUGCUGCGCCUCUACAGCAGCUGGCAGAGCAAGCGGAGGAAGAAAGUCAACCCCAACGGGGACGGCGGGGUCAGGGGAGCGGGCAGCGGGGCCAACGGGCGCAGCAGGAGGAGGUGGAACCAGUCCAUCCACCACCUCAUAAAUCACCACCACCUCCACCACCAUCACCUCAGCAAUGGCACGCCCUGCGGAGAGGUCGUGGACAUGGUGGAGAUGAAGCCCCUGGGGGCGCCGCCCGAGCUGAGGCUGCCGGCCCUGUCCGACGACCCCCCGGCCCCCCCAGCGGGGGUUGAGUCGGUUUCCGGGGCGCCCGAGGAGAACGAGGGCCUCCUGCAGGUCCCACAGGCCAACAACUCCCCUUCAGCAGCACUACUGGGGAGAGUCAACGGGGGCAUGAACUACCCCACCAUCCGGCCCUCUCUCAUCUGCCCCUCCACUGCCCUCAGCCCCAGGGCCCGGGGCAGGAGGGUGGCCAACCACUCGAUGAACCAUCCAGGUUCUAAAAACUGGAAUCCUGACGCUCUCUCCCGGCUAUAUGAUGGGUUGGAGGAGGACUAUGCCAGCCGGUCCGGGCUGCCCAUGGAGGGCGUGGUGGUGGGCGCAGACCUGCUGAACUGCCCCUACUGUGUCCAGGCACUGGAGAACCCCGACCUGGAGCUCAGCGAAUCGGACAGUGGCGUCUCCGCAGCCGACGGGAUAUACGAGUUCACCCAGGACCGCUGCCGUGGCAACGAGGGUCGCCCAGGGCGCUCCCGUAGCCAGCGGCGACGAGCACGGGUCCGGGACAGGAACUGCCUGGCCUUCUGCUGGGAGGUCUUCCGCAAGAAGCUGGAACGCAUUGUGGAGAGCAAGUACUUCAACCACGGGAUUAUGAUCGCCAUCCUCAUCAACGCACUCAGCAUGGGCAUCGAGUACCACCAGCAGCCUGAUGAGCUGACAGAACUCCUGGAGAUCAGCAACAUCGUCUUCACCAGCAUGUUCGCCCUGGAGAUGGUGCUCAAGGUGCUGGCCUUCGGGAUCUUCGGCUACAUCAGAAACCCCUACAACAUCUUUGACGGGAUUAUCGUGGUCAUCAGUGUGUGGGAGAUCAUGGGCCUAUCGGUGGUCAGAACCUUCCGGCUCCUUCGUGUGCUGAAGCUGGUGCGCUUCCUCCCCGCCCUUCGGCGGCAGCUGGUGGUGCUGAUGAAGACCAUGGACAACGUGGCCACCUUCUGCAUGCUGCUAAUGCUCUUCAUCUUCAUCUUCAGCAUACUUGGAAUGCAUCUGUUUGGGUGCAAGUUUAGCCUGAAGACAGAGAACGGAGACACACUCCCAGACAGGAAGAAUUUUGACUCGUUGCUGUGGGCGAUUGUCACUGUGUUCCAGAUCCUAACUCAGGAGGACUGGAACAUGGUUCUGUAUAACGGGAUGGCCUCCACCUCCCCCUGGGCUGCUCUGUACUUCGUGGCCUUGAUGACCUUUGGGAACUACGUCCUGUUAAACCUGCUGGUGGCCAUUUUGGUGGAAGGUUUUCAAGCAGAGGGAGAUGCAAGAAGGUCAGACACGGACGACGAGAGAAUUUCACCAAAUUUUGAGGAGGAGGAGAAAAUGAGGGAGAUUCAAGCCACAGAGCUGAAGAUGUAUGCACUGAUGAUGACAGCCAAUGGGUACGCAGAUCCACGUGCCAGCGUGGCCACGCCCAUCAUCAUGCGCACAGCCGCCACACCCAUGCCAACGCCCAAGAGCUCCCUGGGAACAGACUCAGCCCACGCCUUUGUCGAGUCACGGCGAGGCAGCAACACGUCUAUCGACCCCGCCUUCGACCAGAAGUCCCUGUCCAGCCUGCGGAGCCCCCCCGGGGGGCCCUGGGGUGCGGGCAGUAACUGGGGCAGCCGGCGGUCCAGCUGGAACAGCCUGAGCCGUGGGCCGAGCCUGAAGCGGAAGGACCCGUCGGGGGAGCGUGAGUCCUUGCUGUCGGGCGAGGGCCUGGGCAGCUCGGAGGAGGACAGCUCAGACGGUGGGAUGUCCAGUGUGGGGGACAGCGUGGUGGGAACCCCCCUGCAGCGCCGGGCCCGGUCCCCUGAACCCCCCGAGCCCCUGCAGGUCCCCAUGCCGCGCCAAGACUGCAACGGCCGCACCCAGCACCACUCCACUCAGCCUGACUGCUGGAAGGAUGAGCGGGACUAUGAGGAGGACCAGGACGACAGCUUCUGCUUGCGUAUCCGGAAGUCGUUGGAGACCCAUAAGCCCCAGUUCUGCCGUCAGCGUGAAGACUGGUCCCUGUACCUGUUCUCCCCACAGAACCAGUUUCGUGUCGCCUUCCAGAGGGUCAUCGCACACAAGAUGUUUGAUCACAUCGUGCUGGUGUUUAUCUUCCUGAACUGCAUCACCAUUGCACUGGAGAGGCCCGACAUCCUCAGCACGGAGCGUGCAUUUCUCACCAUGUCAAACUACAUCUUCACUCUGAUCUUUGUCGCAGAGAUGACUGUGAAGGUGGUGGCGCACGGAUUCUUUUCGGGGACGGACAGCUACCUGCAGAGCAGCUGGAACAUCCUGGAUGGCGUGCUGGUCUUCGUCUCCCUGGUGGACAUCCUGGUGUCUGUGGCAUCAGACGGCGGGAACCGGAUUCUGGGAAUUUUGCGGGUUCUGCGCUUGCUCAGGACCCUGCGGCCUUUGAGGGUGAUCAGUCGAGCUCCUGGUCUGAAGCUUGUGGUGGAGACACUGAUCACAUCGCUACGACCGAUCGGCAACAUUGUGCUCAUCUGCUGUGCAUUCUUCAUCAUCUUCGGCAUCCUGGGGGUGCAGCUGUUCAAGGGGAAGUUUUAUCACUGUGAGGGACCAGACAUGAGGAACGUCACCAACAGGUCCGACUGCGAGCUAUCAGCUAAGAAUCGCUGGAUCAGACGGAAAUACAACUUUGACAACCUUGGACAGGCCCUCAUGGCGCUGUUCGUCCUCUCGUCGAAGGACGGGUGGGUGAACAUCAUGUACGACGGGCUGGACGCCGUAGCAGUGGACGUGCAGCCAAGGCGGAACCAUAACCCCUGGAUGCUACUCUACUUCAUCUCCUUCCUGCUCAUCGUCAGCUUCUUUGUGCUCAACAUGUUUGUGGGAGUGGUGGUGGAGAACUUCCACAAGUGCCGGCAGCACCAGGAGGAGGAGGAGGCGCGGCUGCGGGAGGAGAAGAGGCUGAAAAGGCUGGAGAAAAGGCGCAGGAGUAAGGGAGAGCCCGCGCCCGAAGCCCAGCAGCGGCCGUACUAUGCUGACUACUCCCCCGUCCGUCUCUACAUCCACACACUGUGCACCAACCACUACCUGGACCUCUUCAUCACCUUCAUCAUCGCCAUCAACGUGGUCACCAUGUCCAUGGAGCACUACAACCAGCCCCCGUACCUUGAAGAGGCUCUGAAAUACUGCAACUAUGGCUUCACCAUCACCUUCAUCCUUGAAGCUCUGCUCAAGCUGGUUGCUUUUGGCUUCACCAGGUUCUUGAAAGACAGGUGGAACCAGCUGGAUCUGGCCAUUGUGGGUCUUUCCAUCAUGGGGAUCACUCUGGAGGAGAUCAAAAACAGUGCGGCCUUACCCAUUAAACCCCCCAUCAUCCGCAUCAUGAGGGUCCUGCGCAUCGCUAGAGUGUUGAAGCUUUUGAAAAUGGCUACAGGGAUGCGGUCUCUGCUGGACACAGUGAUGCAAGCCUUGCCACAGGUGGGGAAUUUGGGUCUGCUCUUCAUGUUGCUGUUCUUCAUAUACGCUGCACUGGGUGUGGAGCUCUUUGGGAAACUGGAGUGCAAUGAAGAAUGCAAGUGUGAGGGUCUAAGCAGUCACGCCACGUUUGAGAACUUUGGGAUGGCCUUCCUCACCCUGUUUAGGGUAUCUACAGGGGACAACUGGAACGGCAUCAUGAAGGACACGCUGCGGGAGUGCAAGCCCGAACAAUGCCUGCCCUACCUGCGCUUCAUCUCCCCGGUCUACUUCGUCACCUUCGUGCUGAUCGCCCAGUUUGUGCUGGUCAACUUGGUGGUGGCCGUGCUGAUGAAGCACCUGGAGGAGAGCAACAAGGAAGCUCGGGAGGACGCCGAGAUCGACGCCGAAAUCGACGCAGAGAUCGACGCCGAGAUAGAGAUGACCCGCCGGCUCAGCACCGCCUCCGUGGAGAGGAACCCCGCCUACACGGGACCACGCCCUGACUCACCUGGGCAGGACGAGCGCUUGUACAGCCCGCAGGAGAACGUUCUGUCUGUGGGGAAGAUGUCGGUCUCCAGGAUGCACUCGCUACCGAACGACAGCUACAUGUUCCGCCCGGUGAGGCCGGCUAGCGCCCCCUAUCCACUGCCAGAGGUGGAGUCCAGUCAAGGAAAGCUGUACUCCGGUCCCAGGGGUGUGUCCACAGGUCCAAUACAGCAACCACAGCCUGCCCAGGACCCGCCAAUCACAUCUCUGCCCCUCCCCCAACCUCAGCAGGUCACUCUGCAGACAGGUGGUUAAAGACAACUCCUUCGACGUACGGAGCCGUGACUCAAAGUACAGCCUGGAGAGGUGGUCCAGCGACAGCCUGCAUCUGAAAGUGCCCCCCGCGGGGCAUCUGACCCUGCCCGUGCCCCGGCUGUCCGCC